AUUUGACGUCCAGUGCUAUUGGAGAUUCUCUAAACUAACUAAACGCCGUUCCUAUUCAUCCUCUUCUUCCCCCCCUCUUCUCCCUCCAUUCUGCUUCUCUAUCUUCUUCCUCUAAAUUUUUUUGCAGACAACAAGUUUCCCAUAAAUCAGCAAUUUGCUUCUGCUACAGUAUAUGAACCACGCUGUUGCCUUGCCGCCGCAGUCGCGCCAUCUCUUCGUCAGCCUCCGCCGCUUCACCGAGCAGAAAAACAUUUACCCCGGAAAAUGCAUCCACUCCCAUCUCCUCAAAACUGGGAUCCUCCCCACAUGCGCACCCUUUUCCAUUGGCCUCCUCAACUUGUAUGUCAAAUGCCACCUCAUCUCCGACGCCCAUCGCUUGUUCGACGAAAUGCCGCUGAAACAUGAAGCAGUUCCGUGGAACAUCCUUAUAAAUGGCUACUCUCAACUGGGCCUCUCCCGCCACUCAUUCUCUGCUCUCCAACUGUUUAAAGAAAUGCUCCAAAGCAGUAUCCUUCCCGAGUCGCAUACUUUUGCCGGAGUUUUCUCCGCCUCCGCUGUUUUGGAGGACGCGGUUAUGGCCCAACAGGCGCACUCUUUCGUGCUGAAGCUGUGUGAUUGUUGUGACGUCUUCGUGUAUAGUUCUAUGCUGAACGUUUACUGUAAAUUGGGUUUUCUUGGUGAAGGUCGUAAAGUGUUCGAUGAAAUGUCCGAGAGGAAUUCGAUCACUUGGUCUACUUUGAUAUCUGGCUAUGCUUCGCAGAGGCUUGGGAGUGAGGCUUUUGAGGUUUUCAGAGCGAUGAUUUCUCGGGGAGAGGAAAUGGUUAAUGAAUUUGUAUUGACUAGUGUUCUGAGUGCUUUCACUUCUCCUGAUUAUGUGAUUAUGGGAAACCAAAUUCAUUCUUUAGCACUUAAAAACGGCUGCUCCCAAAUUGCUUCUGUAGCGAAUGCGGGUAUCACUAUGUACGCCAAGUGCGGAAGCUUAGAGGAUGCGGUUCGUGUGUUUGACCUUUCCACGGAUAAGAACGAGAUCACGUGGUCUGCCAUUAUUACAGGGCACGCACAGAUGGGGGCUGGUGAGAAGGCGCAGGCCUUGUUCAAAGAGAUGCAUUCUUUUGCGAUGAAACCGAGCAAGUUCACCCUUGUAGGGGUGCUUAAUGCUUGUAGUGACACUGAAGAAAUUGCUGUAGGGAGGCAAGUGCAUGCUUAUUUGGUAAAAUUGGGAUUUGAGUUUCAGAUGUAUAUAAUGACGGCUUUGAUUGACAUGUAUGCUAAAUGUGGUUUCAUAGUGGAUGCUCAACGGGGGUUUGACACGCUGGAUGAAGCUGAUCUCGUGCUGUGGACCUCCAUGAUUGGAGGGUACGUGCAAAAUGGUGACAACGAGAGUGCUUUUGGUUUGUAUUAUAGAAUGCAGAGGCAAGGGAUUCCUCCCAAUGAAUUAACAUUGGCGAGUGUGUUGAAGGCCUGCUCGAGCCUUUCAGCUUUGGAGCAAGGAAAGCAGAUGCAUGCUCAUGUGGUUAAGAAUGGUUUUACUCUUGAAGUUCCAAUAGGAAGCGCUCUCUCGACUAUGUAUGCGAAGUGUGGGAGCCUUGAUGAUUGCCAUUCCGUCUUUAGGAGAAUGCCUGCUAGAGAUGUGGUGUCGUGGAACGCAAUGAUUUCCGGACUUUCUCACCAUGGCCGGGGAACUGAAGCUCUUGACCUUUUCGAAGAGAUGUUGCUGGAAGGUGUCAAACCCGAUUAUGUUACCUUUGUGAAUAUCCUUUCUGCCUGUAGCCACAUGGGGUUGGUGGAUCGAGGCAGGGAGUAUUUUCAGCUGAUGUCACAGAAAUUCUGCAUACCUCCGAGGCUGGAGCAUUAUGCUUGUAUGGUCGAUAUAUUUGGCCGUGCUGGGAAGCUCCAAGAAGCAAACGAGUUUAUUGAAUCAGCGACUGUAGAUCACGGCCUCUGUUUGUGGCGGAUCUUGUUAAGUGCUUGCAGAAACCAUCGUAACUAUGAGUUGGGUGCUUAUGCUGGAGAAAAGUUGAUGGAGCUAGGCUCAAAAGAGUCAUCCGCCUAUGUGUUGUUGUCGAGUAUUUACUCAGCGUUGGGGAGACUAGAUGAUGUUACGCGAGUUAGAAGAAUGAUGAGCAGCAGGGGGGUCAAUAAAGACCCCGGAUGCAGCUGGAUUGAGCUCAAAAAUCAGGUUCAUGUGUUUGUUGCUGGAGAAUUGCUGCACCCGGAGAUCAAGAGCAUACGAGAAGAGUUGUCGAGGUUUUGCACACUGAUGAAGGAUGAUGAGCUUUACCAACCGAAAUAUGAUCUGUUUUUCGGGGGAUAGAAGCUAGGGUAGCAAUCCAAAUUCCAAACUAAUGAAGGGGACUCAGAGUCCUACCAACUAGAAUAUAGAUGAUGAAUUCAUACAAUAAGAUUGUGACAGGAACACCUUUCUUCUCAACCAUUUUUUUUAGUUGGUCCAAAUAUAUUGGCCAAGCUAAUUGCAAUUCAUAUAAUGAUAUGUAUAUCUAUGUUUGACUAUAACAUUUUGAUGAAAAUCAGAACU